UCUUCCUCUGACUCAUCUUUUCAUCCCCUCCCCCUUCUGUUUCUCCUCUCAUCUCGCUCUCAUUCUGUUUUCCACCCACCCUCGCUCUGUUUUGCCUCUCUUCCGCAGUUCGACACUUCCAGGCUUGCCUCUCGCAAGGCUACGCGCACUGACGGCAGGAUGUCCAUCAUGAGCAUCGUUGCCAGGGAAAUCCUGGACUCUCGGGGAAACCCUACAGUGGAGGUGGACCUGAGAACCGAUAAAGGUCUGUUCAGGGCUGCGGUGCCCAGCGGAGCAUCAACAGGCAUCUAUGAGGCUCUGGAACUCAGAGAUGGAGACAAGAGCCGUUACAAGGGCAAAGGUGUACUGAAGGCUGUUGGUCACAUUAAUGACACUCUUGGACCAGCCAUCAUUGCAUCUGAGAUCAGUGUGGUGGAGCAGGAGAAACUGGACAACAUGAUGAUUGAAAUGGACGGCACAGAGAACAAAUCCCAGUUUGGAGCUAACGCCAUCCUGGGAGUGUCUCUGGCCAUCUGCAAGGCCGGUGCGGCAGAGAAAGGCGUCCCUCUGUAUCGUCAUAUUGCUGAUCUGGCAGGAAACACAGAGCUAGUGCUGCCAGUUCCUGCCUUUAAUGUAAUCAACGGAGGCUCCCAUGCUGGAAACAAGCUCGCCAUGCAGGAAUUCAUGGUACUUCCUGUGGGGGCGGAGUCAUUCCGUGACGCGCUGCGUGUCGGAGCUGAGCUCUACCAGACGCUGAAGGGUGUCAUCAAGGAGAAGUACGGCCAAGAUGCCACCAAUGUCGGUGAUGAGGGAGGCUUUGCUCCAAACAUCCUGGAGAACAGCGAAGCACUUGAGUUGAUAAAGACAGCUAUAGACAAGGCCGGGUUCACAGAUAAAGUGGUGAUUGGGAUGGAUGUAGCCGCCUCCGAGUUCUACCGUGACGGGAAGUACGACCUUGACUUCAAGUCCCCUCCAAACCCAGACAGACACAUCACCGGCGAUGAGCUCUUAGAGAUCUACCAGACGUUUGUCAACGAUUAUCCAGUGGUGUCCAUUGAGGACCCGUUUGAUCAGGAUGACUGGGCCGCUUGGACUAACAUGACGGGGUCAGUGGGGAUCCAGAUUGUGGGCGACGACCUGACCGUGACAAACCCAAAGAGGAUAGAGAAGGCUGCGGAAGACCGCGCAUGCAACUGUCUGCUCCUGAAGGUCAACCAGAUCGGCACGGUCACAGAGGCCAUCCAGGCAUGUAAGCUCGCUCAGGCCAACGGAUGGGGCGUGAUGGUCAGCCAUCGCUCAGGAGAGACAGAAGACACUUUCAUCGCUGAUCUAGUGGUGGGACUCUGCACUGGACAGAUAAAGACAGGAGCUCCAUGCAGAUCUGAGCGUCUCGCCAAAUACAACCAACUUAUGAGGAUUGAAGAAGAAUUGGGUGAUCAGGCUCGUUUCGCCGGGCACAAUUUCAGAAACCCUAGCGCUCUGUGAUACUGACAACACUGCACCGAAAUCACACGAAAAAACUACUGACAAACAGAGUAUGUACUGCACUGAACCGACUGACUACCCCUGACAUCCCCUAAAACCAUUCAAAAUGCAUCAAAACAGCACUAUUUGCACUGAUAUACUAAAAAUGACUUACUCAGACACUGAAAAUAUAUAUUUAAACUGAACUGGACUGCGGACAGGCUUUGAUAGACCAAAUAUUAUGCACAGCGGAUAAUAAACAGACCAACAUUAUGCACAAGUGAUACUGAAGUACUUGACGGGAAAAACGUGCACAGGUUGGACAUGCAUGCGUAUGAUAUAAAAUGGACCUUGAAUUUAACAAGGCAAAGACUUUGUCUAAAAAAGAAGGAUUUAACUCAGAUGGAAUAAAAGUAGAGAUUUAUUUUAAUCAGGUGUAAUCUUUAAAUUUAAGCUUCAAUUUAGAUGUGAAAUAUAUGUAAAUAUAUUUAAAAAAAAACUCUGUUUAGGUUGACUUGCCACACUAAAGAAAUCAAAUGUAAUUUUUAUGGUUCAUUGCAUGAGAACUAGGCAAAAAUAAUAGAUUUUGGAAAAUUGAUAUAGAAAAAUAAAAUAGUUACAUGAAUAUUUAUGCAGCAGUGGGAUUUUCAAUGGGAAGAUUGACACUGACAGUGAAGUAUUCAGAUAUAUAAGGGACCAGCAUUUACUCUAAAAGACAGUUUACUAAGUAGUUUGCCCAGGGCAUUAGAUGCUUUUUAUCAAACAAUACUCUCUCUCUCUCUCUCUCUCUCUCAGAUGCUGUUUUUUAUGUCCAUCUCUGACCCAAAAGCAUGCUGAAAAAAAUCAAAAGAAAAGACAAAAUCAGCAAAUACAAUAAAAUAAAAUAAAAUAUGGUGCUUGAACCUCUGACUUAAAAAAAGAGUUAUACUCAUUUUAGUAUAUUAAAAAUUCAAAAUAAUGUGUGUAGAAUAUACUCCUUUUCAUAAAGAUGCUUUGCUAUUUAAAACAACAUAAGGUACAUUGAAAUUUCAUAAGUUUCUGUAUAUUGUUGAGUUGGGAGGUCAUAAAAUAUGUCCUCGUGUGAUUGUUGUUGCAGUCCGAUGGCAUAGAUCUACGCAGCCAAACACACAUACACACACACACACACACACACACACACGAGAGAGAAUGAAAUCUAAAAGUAUUGAACAUAAACAUUACUUCUAAUAACAAUAAUUAUAUUCAAGUGACCCCAAAUCAAAUCGUCAUACGUCUGCCUGAUUUUCUCAUGCAAUGACUCUUAAAAUGUACUUUCGCAUUUUCUUUCACCCUGGAUUUUAAAGGGGAAGUGAAUUUUCUUUAAAAGGAUAGUUUAAAUAAUUUUUUGUCAUUUACUUACCCUCAGGUUGUUCCAAACAUGUAUGAGUUUUUUUCUUUUGUUGGACACAAAAGAAGAUAUUUUAAAGAAUGUUGGUAAUCAAACAGUUGACUGUAGCCAUUGACUUACAUAGUAGGAAAAAAAAAUACUAUGUAAGUCAAUGGCUACCGUCAGCUGUCUGGCUACCCACAUUCUUUAACAUCUUCUUUUGUGUUCAGCAGAAGAAAGAAACUCAUACAGGCUUGGAACAACUUGAGGGUGAGUAAAUGAUGAUUUUUGGAUGAACUAUCCCUUUAAAUGAGUAAAACACUUUCUCCUCUCCCUUCUUAAAGGAUUAGUUCACCCAAAAAUGAAAAUUCUGUCAUUAAUUACUCACCCUCAUGCCGUUCCACACCCGUAAGACCUUCGUUGAUCUUCAGAACACAAAUUAAGAUAUUUUUGAUCAAAUCCGAUGGCUCAGUGAGGCCUCUAUUGACAGCGAGAUAAUUACCCCUUUAGAUGCCCAGAAAGCUACUAAAGACACAUUUAAAACAGUUCAUGUGACUACAGUGGUUCAACCUUAAUGUUAUGAAGCGACGAGAAUACUUUUUGUGCACCAAAAAAACAAAAUGACGACUUUAUUGAACAAUAUCUAGUGAUGAGCGAUCUCAAAACACUGCUAAUAAAGUUGUUAUUUUGCACAAAAAGUAUUCUCGUCGCUUCAUAACAUUAAGGUUAAACCACUGUAGUCACAUGAACUGUUUUAAAUUUGUCUCUAGUAGCUUUCUGGGCAUCUGAAAGUGGUAAUAGUCUGCAUGGCAAUGCAGGCCUCACUGAGCCAUCGGAUUUUAUCAAAAAUAUCUCAAUUUGUGUUCCGAAGAUGAAUGAAGGUCUUACAGGUUUGGAACGACACGAGGGUGAGUAAUUAAUGACAGAAUGUUCAUUUUUGGGUGAACUAACCCUUUAUUGUGGAUAGUAAGUAAGCCAUUCAUAGGUAGAUUUUCUUGAAGAUUGUAAAUACUGUUGAUCUGUGGCACACUGAUUUCUGGCUCAACCAAUGGCGUGUGUUUAGGAGCAGAGCUACCUUUGUCCAAAUCAUAAGAGACGGGGCGGAGAGAGCAGUAGAAAUGACACACUUCUCCUUCAAGAUGAAUGAUCUCAAUCCAGCAGUGAACUAAAGAGAGACGUAACAAUCACAAUGACAGAUCUGAUUCAAGAACUCGACCGACAGACACGCUUACACGAAUAGAGACAGACACAUUCACUCACUCAUUUUUGUGUAGCAAAGUCUCACCCCCAACGCACACGACUCCUUAUUCUCUGCCACCUUGGACUUGCUGUCUGUGUUUCUUCCUUUCUUGUUGUUUCAUCUGUAUCCUCCACCCCUUUCCCUUCUUGUGGUUAUGGCUUGGCUUGUUCCCCCGUACAUGAAAUCUUUUUUCUCCUUAAUGACUUGUCUUUUCUUUUUUUGUGGGUUCAUUGUGGUGAAAGAAGGAAAAGAAAGCAAGAUGGAGAGAAAAUAAAAAAAUAACUGGCAAGCCUGUCAAAGAAUAAUGUUGUGGAAUAUUAAAGCUGUCAUUACUUUCGUCA